UCCGAUCUGUUUAACCUCCGAUCAAGAACCAUCUCCUUGAGAUUUCUUCAGUUUGUGUGUAUCAGAUUCCUUUGGAUUCCCCGAUUCUUCGUCGUAUCGAAUCGGGGGAUGGCAUUUCCGUGAAAUCAGUGAUGAAAUUGGAGGUGAGAAGAAGUUAUUUCUAUCUAUGGGCGUAGUAGCUGAGGUUUGGAGGUCGAGCGUGAGGCUAUUAACGAACUCGCCUCAGCUUAACGGUGGCUCUCACAAGAGUGCGUUAUGGAAGUGGCGAUCUUUCUCUGGUCAGCCCAAAAGAACCGUAAUGUGGACAUGGGUUUGUGGUUUCAUGCUUUUCUCUUUAGGAGUCAUCUCUCUCUUCACCGGUCAUGUUGUCUCGCACCUUGAGUGGUAUUCUCAGCAAUUAAGCAAACGAAGCUUACUGGAUAUGAGCCGUCGAGAACCAAUUGAUGUAUGGAAGUCAAAAUACUCGAAGUUCUUCUAUGGAUGCAGUGAGAGAGGAAGGAACUUCCCUCCUGCUGUCCAGGAGCACUCAUCUAAUGGAUAUUUGCUUAUUGCAGCUAGUGGAGGCCUUAACCAACAAAGAACAGGAAUAACUGAUGCAGUGGUUGUUGCACGGAUACUUAAUGCUACUUUAGUUGUACCCGAGUUGGAUCACCAUUCUUAUUGGAAAGAUGACAGUGACUUCAGUGACAUUUUUGAUGUUAACUGGUUCAUAUCUUCUCUCGCCAAAGAUGUGACUAUAGUGAAGAGAGUUCCUGACAGAGUCAUGCGUGCGAUGGAGAAACCUCCUUAUACCACGCGUGUGCCUCGAAAGUCUACUCUUGAGUAUUAUCUUGACCAAGUGUUGCCAAUUCUCUCGAGGAGACAUGUUUUACAAUUGACAAAGUUUGACUACAGACUAGCAAAUGAUCUAGACGAAGACAUGCAAAAGUUGCGCUGCAGGGUCAACUAUCAUGCUUUAAGAUUCACAAAGCGGAUACAAUCAGUUGGGAUGAAAGUGGUCAAGAGGAUGAGAAAGAUGGCCAAACGUUUUAUUGCUGUCCACUUGAGAUUUGAGCCUGACAUGCUAGCCUUUUCUGGUUGUGACUUUGGUGGGGGUGAAAAAGAGAGAGCUGAGCUAGCAGAAAUAAGAAAACGAUGGGACACAUUGCCUGAUCUGGACCCUCUGGAAGAAAGAAAGCGUGGGAAAUGCCCGCUUACACCUCAUGAAGUGGGAUUAAUGCUGCGUGCUCUUGGUUUUACAAACGACACAUAUAUCUAUGUUGCAUCUGGAGAAAUAUAUGGUGGUGAAAAGACACUGAGACCAUUGAGAGAGCUGUUUCCAAACUUUUACACCAAAGAAAUGCUUGCCAACGAUGAGCUCAAGCCUCUGCUUCCCUAUUCUUCACGACUUGCUGCCAUUGACUACAUUGUUAGUGACGAAAGCGACGUGUUUAUCACCAAUAAUAAUGGAAAUAUGGCCAAGAUUCUUGCAGGCCGAAGGAGGUACAUGGGUCACAAGAGGACCAUCAGGCCAAAUGCAAAGAAGCUCAGUGCUUUGUUCAUGGACCGGGAAAAGAUGGAGUGGCAAACUUUCGCCAAAAAAGUGAAAUCUUGUCAGCGCGGAUUCAUGGGUGAUCCAGAUGAGUUCAAACCAGGACGCGGUGAGUUCCAUGAGUACCCGCAAUCUUGCAUAUGUCAGAGACCCUUCUCUUACGACAAAACCUCAACUGACGAUGAAGAAGAAGACAUGUCAGAAGAGAACCACAACAGUACCAGCCCUGGACAUGUACAUUUGUCUUCAGCAGACAAUGAGCACGACGAAGUUUUCCCUGACUAGCAAAUUGGUUCUGCUGCAUCAAUGGAGGUCGCUGGAGAUUUUACUGUAACCAGCUGUUGUAAGGAGAUUGAUCAAUCACAGGUAGAUCGAGGAGAGGAAUAGGAGCUUCCCGCUUAGCUACUUGUUGCUUCAAGUGUUCAUAGAUACUUCUAUCGAAUAGGCAUACAUAACCCAGUUCUCUCUUUGUUUCUUUCUGAUUUUGAAACACCACCAAAACUCUCUCUUGUCUUGUACUUGUCUUAUAUUAUUACCUCAUAUCUAGUUUUUGGU